UGAAUGAUAUAUAACAUCCCAAUGUCAAAAAAUUUUAUAUUAUAUACUUUAUUAGGAAUAAUAUAAAUAGUUAUACUGUAAUUUAUUCGGUUUUAACGAAAAAUACAGAUUUCAAACAUGGUUAGUAUUGAAGGUGUUACAAAAACUGCCAACUUUUUAAGGGUAGCUCCAGGAAAAAUCGGCUAUAACUCCGAAAAAAUUAUAACCAGGUAUAUACCGAAAUCCAACGAGAGCAUUUCUGGAUAUUCUUCUAUCCUGUUGUCUAUGGCACGUGAGAGUAAAAACGAAAUAAUAAAGGCCAGUUUCAAAAAUAUUGAAACCGAAUUGCAAGUUGCACAGUGGAUAGAUUACUCAGUUUUGUUUGUUUUGCCGGCUGGCAAGGAUAAACACGUUGCGAAGACGCUUUUAGAAGAAUUGAACAACUAUUUAGCAACGCGGUCGUAUCUAGUCAAUUACUCGCUCAGUUUGGCGGAUAUUGCAGUAUAUUAUGCUAUGCGCGAUACUCUGGUCAACUUGACACCGUUGGAUAAGGAAAAUUAUCUUAAUAUUUCUCGCUGGUUCAAUCAUUUACAACAACAAAAUGAAAUACGUCAAGAAGAUAAAUUGAUAAAUUUUUCAACUUUACACCUGCUGGGAUGGGCAAAAGGAACCCACAUUUGAAUAAACUGUGUUACCAUCAAUUUUAACAAUAAUAAACGCUGAAUUAAAUUAACUGA